AUGGCCUCGGUGACAUCCCUCGGACUGCACCAACCGACCGCCCUCCAAUAUGCCAUCCAAGAACAGCUCCUGCCCGAGAAUCCUUCGAGCUCCUUGUACGAAUGGGACAUCACCGUCGACCACACCCCCGGCAACGAGGGCGAAGACGAGCUGCUAGUCACCAAGGACGCCGUCAUAUGGUCGAGGGGCUGCGUAUUCCGCAAGUGCUUUGGCUUCAAGCUCGAGAAGGAGCCCAUCACCCAAACUCUGUUGACAUACUUUCCCACCUCAGAACACACCACCGAGCUGGGCGCUACCAAAUCCGGUUUUGAAUCCGGGCAUGGCGACCGGACUCUGUCAAGGGCUCUGGUGGUCUUCCUCAAGACACAAGCCCACAUCUACUUCCUCGACGGUACCAGCCAUGUUGUCCACAUCCCCUUCGAAGUUGAGACGGCCUGCGCCGCUCCCCGGGGUGUGAUAAUUCAACGGAGGCAACGCGCUGAUAAUGUUGCGGCUGCGAGCCUCAAGUUCCCCCGGGUACCUCCUAAUUCCUUCAUCUCUAACCCGGUGUCGCCUGUGUCCGUGCGAGCAUCACAGCAGUCCACCUUCACCACCGAGACCCUCGGGAAGCCAAAGGCAUUGCCGUUGAGACUCAGCUCCAACUUCGACACUCUAUGGGACGCGCCCGCCGAGAAGACCGACUCCCGCUGGCCUCGCCUCUUGGCUCUGACAGAUCCAUUGCUGGAGCUGGGCCUUGUCGUUACAAAACCCGAGAGGUCUGCCAAGAACAAAAGCCGAAAGCACUUCGACAAGUUGCCCUUGUUUCUGGAUCGAGCAGAGGAGAUACUCCACAUAGAGCAAAUACCCCAAAAUGGCAUAUCUACACAGAGAGGAAAUGGGAAGCUGAUUCUUGUCGUAACGACCAAUAGAGAGACAAGCAUGUACACGGUGUGGAGGCUCUCUUACCUAAAGAAUGGAGACCCUUUCACGGGCGUGGGGAAGGCGGCUAGGAGGAGAUCAGGGCCCCGGCGCAGCUCCAUGCAGCCUGGCUUGCCCAGCGGUGCUACGACUCCCGUACAAAUAAACUUCAAGGAGCCUCUUGGUGCCCCUUUACCCGGGAAACGAUCGAGGAAAAGUGAGAAAGUCCAGAAGGAUGACAGAGCAUUGGAGAAGCUUGAAUCGUCAUUGGGUAUCGACAAAGAUAUAGGGGUCAACCGUCGAAGCUCGCGGCGAGUGAGUUCGAUGCUCGCAAGAGCCGACCUCUCAGCUUCUCAGGACAGGACAGGUUUCACAGAGCAACCUCAGAUCCCGAACUACACCAGUGGGAGAAGGGACACAUCCCAUGGCAGCCAGCGGAAUCGUACUAGCGGUGCCUUAUCCGGACCAAGUUUCAUGGGAAAUUACACCCACGCAGGGCACUCUCUAGGUAGCUUCCUAGAAGCACCGGUCGACAGCUUGCUCGAAGAGCUACGGGCCGGCGGAGACAUUGAGGGUUUCCACAGCAUGGGGCUCGAUGAUCACGACUUCGACGGGCUCGCCCAGGAGGUCAUGUUCACCAAAAUACACAGCAUUCCCAUUGACAGCAGCAAUGUCCGAUACUCUCUCUCAAAACAACCAGCCAGAAAGCAAUGUAAAGUGUUCUGUGUCACCGGUCCUUGCGUCGUUGUGGAUGAACUUGAGCGACAGCAGGUUUUGGUUGGCAUUCAAGAUCCAAUGGAGAACCGGCUGCAGCUUCUCACCCUUCACUUACAGUCGCCCAAGGGAGACUCGUCGAACCCCAUCGACUCUAGCCAAACUGUCGUGACUUUUGGACAGCUUAAGAAAGCCCAAAAUGUCAUCGACGCGAGCAAAAUCAGGGACGGAGAUAUCUGUAUGAUUCUCAUGCUGUCGCAGGCUCCCGAUGGCCAGCGCCAGCUCAGUGUACAGGCACCAUGGAGCCCAUUCACCCCUGUGAUGCUUCCACAAAAGCUCUCGCUAGCGAACGUACGUAGUCUUGACUAUCGUGGCAGCCUCGUCAAUCGGGAAGUUGGCAUUAGAAGAGCUGUGACCCCGGUUAUUGGGGAGCUUGCCGGCAUGAGGCAUUCCAAGUUGCACGGGGUCGUUGAUAUCCUGGAUGAGGACACUCUGCAGCUUCAUCAAAUACGCAUUCAGCUUCUGCCCAAGUCUCCCCAGGUUCGCAAGAUUCUAGAUGUCCUUCGUUCCGUCCUACCUGCACCACUCAUGGAUAAUCUUAUCCCUGGUUGGUGGGAUAUUAUAGCCUGGCUUCGGGAUCAGCAGAUGGAUGUUGUUGAUAUUGAAUGGUCCUCCGUGGUCAUGCAAAUCCUGCUGGUUUACCUAGCGUUAGGCGUUGAGAACCCAUCUGUGUUGGGUGAAAAUCCGCCCAAGAAACGAUCCCGAGGCUUCCUGAGGUCAAGUAGUGGAGCGCAGAUUGACCUCGGUGACUGGGAUGCCAUGAACACCUAUGAAGCUCCGGGCUCUUUGACACAUCCGCCUUGGGCGGAAAACAAGGCUUGGGAGUGGAUGCUGGAGGAAGAUGACUCGUCACUAGGGAUGUUUCAACCCAGUCUGGAAAAGGAUAACGACGACUUCCUCGGCUCCCAUGCAAAGCACGCACUGGCGUACCUGUCUUCUGGUUACAGGGGUGGGGUAUGCGGUCCACGGGAAUAUUUGCCCACGCUUCCUGUGUUCGACAAAAUGAGCAGGACACGGCAUGCUCAAGAAGUUUUUCUUGCGAUGCAUCUUUUGCUGGAGGAGCAGAAGUUGAACAUCACGUCUACUCGCACGACGUUCCCAGGCUCGACAGACCUGAGGGCCGUGCUGCUUCAGAUCGCCAAGUGGAUGAAGUGGUAUCAAUGGGAAGAGCUCUACGAACUGGAGAUGCCACUAGAUUGGCCAGAUGACCACCGAGAGUCUGGAGCAGUCGUAUUCACUCUACCGCCUCCCGAGCCAGCACACUGGGAUGUCUUUGACUGGAUUCAAAUAAACCUGUCACAGGGGACGACAUCAAGACCACUUAUGCCGUCGAUCAGCACGAGUAUCCCCAACUCGAGUAUCCCACGCAUGAGUAUGCUAGACAAGCUCUUCCAGAAUAUUUCACCACAAAGUCAAUCGCCGACUACCUUUGUAGAAGGAAUGUACCAGAGUGGUAUUACUCCAGUUGUGUUGGAAUCUUCACCAGAAUCUGUUCUCGUCCCUCUUCAAGAUGCAAUUGCCCAAUGCCAGCCAAGUCCGCCCCCCACGUGGGCGAAGGGCAUGCUGGAAUUAGUGAACAGGAGUGAUAUUGGCUCAGUCCUGUCGCGAUCAAGCAGUUCUCACAAUCACUCGGCCAAUCUACUGACCCCAACCCACAACGCAUCUUGGGACUUUAACUCUUUAUGUCAAAACAUCAUGGACUUCAACGAUGCUCCAGUCGAUGACGUCGCAGAAAGUGACAAACAAGCAGUCAUCCGUGCAAUCUUCAAGGAAGACCGUCGCCUAGACGAGACCAAGAUGAUGCUCAACACUACGAAGCCCCGGUCCAUUCGCCUAGACGCCCUUCCAGAAUGGACAGAGCCUUUCUACCUCGAGCAGCAGAAGGAGACGGUGACGAGGCUUGCUACUAACACCUUGUCCAUCCCCGCUGGACGAGCGUUGAUGAAUUUCGGGCUCCGUUUCCCCCUACUUACCCAAAAGUUCCACAUACACGGCUUUGUGCUGAACUGCACGGUGAGACCGAGUAAUGUGACGGUCGGAGUCGAUAAGUCGCUUUUCACAGAAGACAAAAUAGCAUGGGCUUUCUUCCACUCUGGCGUUGCUGCUGGCUUGUCUAUUUCCCGCCAAGCGAAGGGAAUAGACACGUCGUGGAUUCUGUACAACAAGCCCGGAAACGAUCUCAACAACCGACAUGCAGGCUUCCUUCUCGCAUUGGGUCUCAAUGGACACCUCAAGGGUGUGGCCAAAUGGGUCGCCUUCAAGUACCUGACGCCGAAGCACAACAUGACAUCGAUUGGACUGCUCCUAGGAUUGGCAGCGUCGUACAUAGGAACCAUGGACUCUCUGAUCACUCGGCUGUUAUCAGUCCAUGUCACGCGCAUGCUCCCGCGAGGUGCGGCAGAGCUGAACCUAUCACCACUCACCCAGACAACCGGUAUCAUGGGGAUUGGCUUGCUAUACUGCAACAGCCAACACCGCCGGAUGAGCGAGAUCAUGAUGUCCGAGAUCGAGCACAUCGAAUCGGAAGAUGAUGAGGAGCCCCUACGUAGCGAGUGCUACCGGCUUGCUGCGGGCUUUGCCUUGGGCUUCAUCAACCUUGGCAAGGGCACAGACCUGAAGGGUCUUCAUGAUAUGCGCAUCACUGAGAAGCUGCUUACCUUGGCUUCAGCCUCGAAGAAGGUCGAGCAUGUCCACAUCUUGGACAGGUCCAGCGCUGCAGCUGUGAUGGCCAUUGCUCUUAUCUACAUGAAAUCGGAAGAUCACAUAGUGGCGAGAAAGAUUGAUGUCCCAGACGCAGCCCUCCAAUUCGACUACGCACGGCCAGACAUCUUGCUGCUACGAACAGUCGCCAGACACCUCAUUCUAUGGUCAGAGAUCGAACCUAGCCAUGAAUGGAUCUGCAAGAACCUCCCCGAGCGCUAUCGUUCGAGGGUCCGGCCACCGACGCAGCCGUUUGACCAUCCCUCCCGCGAACCGCUCAACUCCACUCACCUGCCCUUCCUGACGAUAUUGGCUGGUCUCUGCUUCUCGAUGGCCCUGCGGUUUGCUGGCUCCGGGAAUCUGACAGUGCGCGACCUACUACUUUCGUACCUUCACAGGUACUACGGCCUAUGCCGGGCACCUAAUCCGAAAGCCAACUUUGACGAUAGAUGCGUCCAGGUCACUGCUCGUAUGUGCCUAGAUGCUGUCGCACUUUCAUGCGCAACAGUCAUGGCUGGCACAUGCGAUCUCAAUGUCCUCCGCGUAUUGCGAUCACUACACGGGCGCAAUGACCCUCAGACCACAUACGGCUCGCAUAUGGCGACCCAUAUGGCAAUCGGGGUCCUGUCGUUGGGCUGCGGAACACAGACUUUUAACACGUCCAAUCUGGCUAUCGCUUCGCUUUUGGUCGCGUUCUACCCUGUCUUUCCAGAUACCGUGCAAGAUAACAAGAGCCAUCUUCAGGCAUUCCGUCACUUCUGGGUGUUGGCCACAGACCCGCGAUGUCUUGUGACAAAGGACGUGGCAACGAACGUUCCAGUCAGCGUGCCAAUCUCAAUCCGCUUGAAGACGUCGUCAGCUUCGACAUACAACGAGGUUCGCACUACGCCGUGCCUCCUACCGCCGCUGAGUGAGAUAUCCAGUUUACGGACAAGAUCACCCGACUUUUGGAACCUCGAGCUGAAUUUUGAAACCCAUCCCGAAUAUGCAGACGCGUUCAAGCGUAGCCAAGCGCUUCAUCUCCGCAGGCGGCCUAUUAGCGACAGUCCGUUUGCGACGACAAUCCUUGCGCUCGGCCGUCAGGAUGGCGUGGCCGGAGGUGCACCUACCGACAACGGCACUCAGCCGCUCGAGUGGCUAUUUGACCACGUGCCCACGCUGCGGAAGCUAACGCAUGCGGAGCAAAGCAUCGUCCUCGACCGUGGAAUUGGCGGCCCCAAUGUCAGUGACAGCGCUGCCAGUGUGGUGGAUGCCCGACUUGUCCUCGAAGAAGGCGUCAAGAGCGGGCGGCGGGACGAGCUGCUGGGGCUGCGAGGGCUAUUUGGUUGGGUUGAAUGGCGGGCCCGAAGAUCGCAAGAGGACCAGAGCCGGUUGAUGGACGCAGAUCCCAAGGCGAUCGUGGAAGACGAUAUUGAUUGGAUGGGUGAGGGCUGGCUGAGGGAGAGCAUCAUCGAGAGCCUCAAGGGUGGCGUCUGGCUUGCUGGUAGGGAGUAG